CCCGGACGGCCCCGCCCCCUCAAUGGCGGCCCCCAGCUGCCGACACGGGACUGUCAUACUUGGAACCAUGGAAGUGGAGGAAAAAGCAGAGAAGGAAGAAGAGGAGGAGGAAGAGGGAGGCUUCGCACCCUCAGCCCUGGGGACCCGAGAACAUUGGGACGCCGUGUACGAGCGGGAGCUGCGGGCCUUCCGGGAGUGCGGAGAUUCGGGAGAAAUAUGGUUUGGAGAAGAAAGUAUGAAUCGAUUAAUCAAAUGGAUGGAAAAAUGCAAGAUCCCAUUGGAUGCUUCAGUGCUUGACAUUGGAACUGGAAAUGGGAUGUUUCUGGUUGAACUGGCAAAAUUGGGAUACUCUGAUAUUACUGGAAUUGAUUACUCUCCUUUGGCAAUACAACUUUCUGGAAGAAUAAUAGAAAAGGAAGGUUUAUCUAACAUUAAGUUACAGGUGGAAGACUUUUUGAAUCCUUCCCCCAAACUAUCUGGAUUUCAUAUUUGUAUUGACAAAGGAACCUUCGAUGCCAUCAGCCUGAAUCCUGAUGGUGCACUUGAGAAGAGGAAGCAGUAUGUGAAAUCGCUCUUCAGGGCAUUGCAAGAUAAAGGGUUCUUUCUCAUAACGUCUUGUAACUGGACCAAGGAUGAGCUGCUCAAUGAGUUCAGUGAAGGAUUUGAAAUUCUGGAAGAGCUGCCAACACCUACGUUUACCUUUGGAGGGAGAUCUGGAAACAGCGUAACAGCAUUGGUUUUCCAAAAAAAGUGAGACCUUUCCCUGGACAAAUCCGGUAUUCAUUUUGAAAAAGUCUAAAUGUUGGAUUCAUUCUGACUGAGGUAGAUGUGUGGGCAAAUCAUUCCUAAGGAUGUGGCAAGAGAGGCUGUACGUACCAAAUAUUUACAGCGGGGCAGUAAGACACCGGGACCUGCAAGGGGCUGGUUUGGAGAGACCGGCAGAGAAUUAUUUUAAAUAUAUUUUAUAUUUGAAAUGGACAUAUUUUCUUUGCUUAAAACAUCUCUGUAAUCGUGGAAUAAUUUAAAAUAUGAAAGUAGAAGAGUAAUUCUGUCAUUUUAA